UAACGGUCAUAUAUCCGUUGAGGUUGCUUCUUUUAAAUUUAGUCUGCAACCCUCUCUUUCUCCAUUGCUUCUUCUUUUGCUUUCUUCUCUUUCCACUUGAGCUUUCUACUACAACAUCAUCUCCUUCUUUUCCCCUUCAUCUAAAUCGUUGUUUUUGUAUUCUCUCACUCUCUCUGUCUCUGUGAUUUUUCGUGGCCAUUCAGAAACGCCGAUGGACACCCCAUCCUCUAUCAGACGGGUUACACGAUCUCAGACAAGGGCUGCUUUGAAUUCAUCUUCUGCAUCAAAAACAGGGGAUAAUCCUCCCAAAUUCAGAAAUGGCAGCGGAAGAAAUGGGGAUCGAGCAGCUUUGAUUGACAUAACAAAUGAUUCACCUAUUGUGGGUUUAGCACUUGGUUUGAGCAAAAACCAAGAAACCCCUGCUUCGAGUACAAAGAGACGUAAUCCAUUAAAAUCAAUAAUGAAGACCCCUGGUUCAGGAGAAGCCCUUCUUCGAUGCCAAGUGAGAUCCCUUUUGCAGAGGGUUGAAGAAGAAGGCAGCCCGUUCAAUGUGGGUUCAGAUAACCUGCCCCCACUUCGCCUUCAAUCACUCUUUGUUUCUCCCUCUAGGCUAUUGGCACCAACUCCUGCUAAUACACCACAAGUUCCAAAUUUAUCAGCGGAGAUUACUGGUGAUAAUGGUAUUCAUCUUGGAUCUCUAUCCAUUGGCUUAGCAGCCAAAGAAGAGCAAGAAUAUCAGCUCUCUGAGGUGGUUGAUAGCUUGACCCAAGACUCUAUGGUGAUGGAUUCUCAUGAAACUCCAACAAUUACCAGAGCAUUACUGUUUGAUUCCCCGGGAAAACAAGGAGACAGAUAUUCUAUCUCAUCCUCUCCUCACUCUGUGAUAACAUGUGAAGAGGAGAUAUGCAAGCAAAACAAAGCAACAAUGGAUGAUGAUAGUUCAGAGUGGUCUGUUGAGGUUCACGUAAGCUCGCCAAAUGGUGAUCUUGAAGAAAAAGAAGAAGAUGACGAGGAAGAAAGGGAAGAAGAAGAAGAGGAGGAAAAGGAGGAUGAAGGGGAUGGAGAGAGAGAGGGUAAAGAGAUUGAUGAUGAUUUGUGUGCAGAAUUGUGUGAAGAGCUUAGUAAGAUUUGUGUUCAGGAGAAUCGCAGGCUCCCAAAACCUAUGGGAAAGCACACUCGCUUCAUUUACAACAGCAAUGAUGAGAUUGAGAGAGAGGAAAUUGUGAAUCAAGAUGCUGAUUUGAAUGUCCUGCAUUUGAGGGGCAUUCCGACACCAAAGGGAAAACAUCUUCGCUUUCCUGAAGAUGAAGACUGAUCUCAAGAGUAAUAAUAUCGAGGGCAUCUUCACUUUGCUUAAGAGUGAUUGAAGUUUGUUUGUGACAAGAAAAAGCAUUAUAAACGUCUUCUUGACACCCAUUUUGUUGGGGUUUGGAAAUUUUAACAGUUUCUCUUUCCUUGUUGCAUUAUAAGUGUCAUCUUGACACCCAUUUUGUUGGGGUUGGGAAAUUUUAACAGUUUCUCUUUCCUUCUUUUU